AUGAUCCUGGCAGUGGGCGCAGCAGGGGCGACGGUGGUGCUCCUGGUGCUGUUCAUGUGCCGGAGGCGGCGGGUGGUGAGCCAGCAGCAGCAGCAUCAGGGCUCGCCGAGACCGUACCGGCCCCCGGCAGGCCUCGGGUUUCACCAGCGGGCGGUGCUGCAGCACGUGGUGCUGCCCGCCGCCAUCAGCGUCACCUGGGCAGACAUUGCCGGCCUGGACGACCUGAUAGGCGUCAUCAAGCGGCAGGUGAUCUACCCCAUGCGGAGCACCGUCACGCGCGGGGACCCUCUCGUGAUGCCGCCCAAGGGCGUGCUGCUUUUCGGGCCGCCGGGCUGCGGUAAGACCAUGGUGGCCAAGGCCAUUGCCAAGGACAUCAACGCAGUGUUCAUCAACUUUGACGUGUCCAGCAUCAAGGACAAGUUCGUGGGUGAGACAGAGAAGAUGACGGCGGCGCUAUUCUCCACGGCAAACCGCCUGCAGCCGUCCGUCAUCUUCGUGGACGAGGCCGACAUCUUCCUGGGCACGCGCCGCGACACGGAGUACGGGACGGACGUCACCAUGAAGGCCCAGUUCCUGACGCUGUGGGACGGCCUCACCACCGACCCCGCCGCCCGCGUGCUGGUGCUGGCCGCCACCAACCGCCGCCUGGCUAUCGACUCGGCCAUUCUCCGUCGCCUGCCGGUGCAGUUAGAGUUUCCGCUUCCCGACUUAGAGCAGCGCCUCGAGAUCCUCAAAGUAACGCUGCGGCACACCCAGCUGGCGCCGGACGUGGACCUCCUCCUCCUGGCCGGGCGCAGCGAGGGUUUCUCCGGCUCGGACCUGUACGAGCUUUGUCGCUACGCGGCCAUCACGCGCCUGGUGCGGCAGGCCGAGGGCCGCUCCGGCUCCAGCGCCUCGCCGCUGAGUGAGCGGGACAGCCUCGGCCCGCUGUCCAUGGAGGACUUUCUCGAGGCGCUCACCAACGCCCGGGAUAUAGGCGACAACAACAACCCGCCCAGCCACAUGUACAUGUAA